AUGAACACAGCUCAGUUUAUUAGCAUUGUUGAGGUCAUUCAAGGGCACUUUGAACUAUGUACACGGCAUCAGAGCUUCACAAUACACCACCACAAGUACGACUGCCUCGUAUUAGGAGCUGGUGGAGCAGGUUUGAGGGCAGCUAUAGGCUUAGCGGAAUCGAAAUUUUCAGUGGCUCUUGUAACGAAAAUGUUCCCAACCCGCUCACACACUAUCGCAGCUCAGGGUGGCAUGGACGCAUCUAUAGGAAGUAUGCACAAAGACGACUGGCGGUGGCACUUUUAUGAUACAGUUAAGGGUUUUGACUGGCUUGGAGAUCAGUUUAAGAAUAUCAAGUUGUUCAGCGAGUUCUUUGUUUUGGAUCUGCUUAUGCAAGUUGGAGCAAUCGUUGGGGCCCUUGCGUUGGACAUGGAUGACAGUAGUCUACAUCGGUUUCAAGCGAAAAACACAGUGAUAGCUACCGGUGGAUAUCCAAGAAUGUAUUUCUCGUGCACGGCUGCCCACACAUGCACGGGGGAUGGAUGCUCGAUGAUGACCAGACUUGGCUUUCCUCUUCAAGACAUGGAGUUCAUACAGUUUCACCCGACUGGCAUGUAUGGUUCUGGGUGUUUAAUGACGGAAGGUUGUCGAGGCGAGGGUGGAUAUCUUGUCAACAGCGAGGGUAAGCGGUUUAUGGAGAAAUACGCUCCGAAAGCUAAGGAUUUAGCAAGCCGUGAUGUUGUCUCUAGAUCUAUGGCUACUGAAAUUAGACAAGGCCGAGGAGUAGGACCAAAGAAGGACCAUAUUUACCUCCAGUUGCAUCAUUUAAGUCCUGACGUGAUUAUGACGUGUUGCCUGGCAUUCACGAAACUGCUUACACAUUUACUGGAGUGGAUGUGUUAA